ACAUUUUCAAAGUACACACAUAGAAAAGUGACCGUAUGUAGACGAGGGAAAAGCUAAAAAUUUUCCAAUUAAGAUUUCAGUAAUCAGUGUAAAUUAAAAAAUUCAACAAAUACAGUGUAAAAUUAACGUUUUCUGAAACGUUUAAAUAAAAGCAAGCAUUUUUAUCAAUAAAUAUACUGCGUUUCUAAAUAAAAUGAGUACGGUGGAUGCGAGUGGUGGAACUGGUGGCGGUGGAGCACCUGGACCAGGAGGUAGCAGUGUAGGGGGUGGCGGUGGUGUAGGAAGUGGCGGGGGACCCGGAGGUGGAAAUUCAAGUGGAACUCUAGGCUCUAAUUUGGCUGGUAUGGGAGCAACGCAGUCAACGGGAGAAGCACAAAAAAACAUAAAAACCCAUUUCAUACAACCUAACCUCAUUCAUCAAAACGAACAACAUCAGGCAACAGUGCAUUCAACAGUGUCCGCUCUCCAAUCUCCAAUGACAUCAACUAUUACGACUACAACAACUUCAAUUGCAAGACACCAACAACAAACGCACAAUAUUUCAAUUUUACCCAAUCCCUAUACAACAACAUCAAGUGCAAAUAAUUUACAAACUCCCCCUAUCCAUUCACCCGUACACACUGCACACCUACCUACCAGUGAUAUACAUUCCCAUUCACACAAUCAGCCCCAUUCUUACAGUCAAAACCAUACUCAUCAUGCUCCCCUGCAGUUUAUUAAAACAGCACAAAUCCAUCCAUAUUCUUUUAAUCCAGUUUCAGCAAAAAUUUCACACGGCAAUAUGAUUAACACCAGUUCAACUGGUGGUGGAAAUAUACAAAUUGGAAAUAACGUCGUGAGUGGCGUUAGCACUAUAAUGACCAGCAGCGUUUCAACAGCUGGCGCUAUAAAAAUGACUACAGCUGGUGGCGCUAUAGCGACAUCUAUUGGCGGCACACCUAUUGCCCUUAAUGUAGCACAAUCGCCUUCAGCUAUUCGUACUAUUGGCGCGGGCGGACAAUCGACACAGGUGCGUGUUGUCAUGCCCACCAAUAUUAUACCGAUCAAACAAUUCGAAGGUGCCACAGGUGUGGGCCGUACGCAGAUCACAGCACUACCAGCGGGCGUUGCGGGCGUCACUUCGCGCACUGUAUCCAAUACAUCGAUAACUGUAACGAGACCGGUCACACAAACCACAUAUCUGCCGCGUGCGGGUGUAACGGCUACACAAAUGACACCAGUGGGUGCUGGACAAAGGCUUAUAACACCAAUACGUACAGGCCCGGGUACCGGAACAAUGAGUGCCGGUGCAACGGUGACGGGGCUAACAACAGCGGGUAGUUUUGUGCGUGGUCCUGCCGCUGUCAAUCGUAAUACAGCAUCGCCAGCGACUUCGGUCAUAUCGCCGGCAACUAGUACAACUUGGAUGCAAACCAACACGGGCGGACAAGUACAACUUAUAAGAACCAUACCACAGCCAGCACAAAAACGUAUAAUCACUGCACAGGGCAUGACCACAACUAGUGGCGCCUACAACAACGCUGGUAUUGGCGGUGGUCUCGGAACAUCGGUUAGCGGCACAGUGCUUGCUACCACGCCGCCGACAGUUGUGCAGACGGCAGGCGGUGGUCAAAACCAGCAACAAUCUACAAUUCAAGCAGUGUCAUCAGCUGGAGUGUCACAUAGUCAGCCACAGUCACAGCAACAGCAAACGUACGUUGCAACCUUAGCUACUGUGCUGCCACCACGUCAACAUCAAGCCACAUUAGUUUAUUCAUCGAAUGUGGCAGCAACGUCACAGCCACUUACGCAGCAAACGCAACAAUUCAAUCCGACACUAGCAGCUGGCCAGCGACUUGCUGUGGCCACACAACUAACUGGCGCAGGUACUUCCGUGGCAGGUACAACAUCACGCCAAAUACGCCCUAUACCUAUACCGAAAUCUUUCUCUGCCGCCAAGUUGAACACGACCAGCAUAAGUAUACGUGCACCAAACAUAACAUCAACCAUACAACCGGUCGGUGGUGGUGUUGUCGGUAGCGGUGUUAAUACUGUGGUGGGCCAGGGCAAUACAAAUUCUAAUAAUUCGCCACGCAAUACAACUAUGAGUGGCAUAACAACAGGUGUUGGCAACAAUGUCAUGCCGACAUCGAAUUUACCCACCACCCGUAUAAUACAACUGCAACAACAGCCGGGCAGUUCUACGCAACCGCUUAUUGGCUCAACGGGUCGCAUUUCGGGCAAUGUCAUGUUCCAGCCCAUUAUUGUCAACACAUCAGGCACGGGCAAACUCGUUUCUGGUCUACGGCAACCGGUUUCGAUGACAGCCAAACCCUCACUGACUAUAACACCAUUCGGUUUGGGUAAGUUACCCGCUGGCGGCGGCGGCAAUGCAACACAAGUGGGCGUCAAUUUACCACCACAACAGAACGUAACGACGAGCAUACAAUCAUCGUUAGGCGGUGGUGGUGGUAACAAUUCGCCCGCUUUAUCAACGAGUACGUCCACAUCAAGUGGCGGCGGUGUUACAAAUCUGUCCGCCGCACAAUUGGUGAAUGUUUCACAGGCUGGACAACUGUUAACCACGCAGAACUUAGUGUCAUCUGGCGCUGGAGGUGGCGCCACUGUACUGCCCUUGGCCAUAACAUCGCGCGGCAGCAAUAUUCUCACGGGCACCAUAACACCACUCAAAAAUGCCGGCGCUAUAACAGUGGGCAAAGUGAUGACUGCAUCGAAUGCAAGCAAUUUGGAUAACAAUAGCGUGCCAAGUGGCGCUAGCAUCAUAACAAGCAGCGCCGGACCACCGAGUGUGUACAUACAUCAAGCGAACACAGCGCAUCGCACACAUGGACCGAGUGUCAGCGUAAGUGCCACCAAUUUACAUGCGACGUCGUCGGCGUCAAGCAACAAUACUACGGUGCUCACAGCGACCGGUGGUGGUGGUAGUGGUGGCAAUAUACCCACCUCAGGUGGUGCUUUUCUGCCACCAGGCGGCACUAUUUAUUAUGAAUCUGUGCCGGCGAGCUCAGUGCAAGUGUCCACUGGCGUGCUAUCGCUCACAACCACCACUGCAACGAGCAGCACUUUGCCAAUAACGCAAAAUCAGCUGGCGAAUGCGGUGUCUGCCUCCAAUUUGGCCAUCUCAUCAUUGCCCUUCGCUGCAUCCGCCGCUUCGCACGCGGGCAACUCAACGGCCACAUUUACGGUAGUGCCAUCGACAGGCGGGCGCUCGAUUGGACAACUACAAAUACCGGUGUCCAGCGCGACAGGAUCCCAAAUACAGGCGGUGCCACUGCGUUUCAGCGCACAACUGCCUUCAGCGCCGCAGGGCGUGGUUAAUGCCAGUUCCACCAAUACAAUAUCGGCGGAUUCGAUUUCCGUCUCGCAGGCAACGCAGCAAUUGUUGCAGCACAGCGGUGUUACAGCUGGCCAACAGCUACUAAUACCCGCUUCAGUAGCAUCGGGCGCACAUCAUGUUGGCAAUAGCUCCACCACCGCAACACUAACGGGCGCACAGGGUCAGCAUGUGGUCAUACCGCUGCAGACAUCGAUUAAAGUGACCGGUGGUGGUGCUGGCUCAACGGUAGUCUCUAAUUUCUUACGAAAACGCGAUGCAGAUGGUUCACCUAUACGCGCUGCCAAAAAUCUUGCACCCACCUUACUCUCCAUGGGUAGCGGUAGUGGAAAUGUUGGCGGUGCCGCCAUUUUAUCAAAUGUAACGUGCUCGCCAGCCGCCUCCUCGGUGGGUAGCGCAUUCAGCAUCACGUCGGUGGCAUCCUCAUCCGCAUCCUCAAUGGCCUCGUCACAGACGACCACGUCGUCAACGCUCACAACGGAGGCAUUGGCGAAGAAGGAUCGUGCGCAGGCAUCAGUGUCUGGUAGUGCCAUUGGUGCACAGCGUGUGGCGCGCGCCGAGUCGCCCGCUUCGUCGGAUGGCUCCACCACGGUGUCGGCAAAUUCUUCACCGGGCGUAGAGCAACAGAUGCAAGAUGGCAAUAUGAUGAUGAUAAAUCAUAUGCCACAGGGUACAAACGAAUCCACACACUUUAAUCCUAUCAAUGAGAUGUACGUAAACCACCAUGGUAAUGUCAACGUGCAACAUAACGUACUCAUGAGCGGCAUAUCGGUCACACCGAGCAGCUCACGCACUUCCUCGCUGGAUCAUCAUCCGCAAUUGCAUGCGCCGGUGGCAACAAGUACUGCCCGUCUCAAUGGUGCGCCCGCUGAAUGUUCGUCGCGCAAAAGAAACAGACGUUCAACCAACGACAGUCAACUUUCGAGUCACAGUCAAAGUUCACUUACGCUCCCACCACCAACAGCAACUGGGGUUGCCGCCGCAGCCGCCGCCAGUCACAUGAGUAAUAGUAAUAGCGGCAACAAUAGUCACUAUGAAUUGCCUUCCGCAACUGGCAACGGUGGCAUGCUAUUAGCGCCAGUACACGGCUCAAUGGCGCCUGGCGCUGCUAGCGGUACGACCGCACACCAAUAUGACGGCAACAAUGCGAAUGCCAAUGUUGCUGGCAAUGUCAAUGUUGCACAUAAUAGCACCAGCAAUCAUAAGAAUAACAAUCUGCCAGCCACCACGGGUAAUAAGGAGAAUGCCAAACCGACGGAGUUUACAUUGCGACGGCCGCGUAACUUUACGCUGCUGCAUACCUAUAAGCAAAGCUGGAAGACGGCCAACAAUCAUUUUCAGCGUUACUCAGAUGUUAAACCGCGCGAAGAACGCCGGCCCACCGUUAUUGAUUUGGCCAAUCAGACGAAUGUUAUGGGCAAAUUGAAUGGCUGGAAAAUACACCAUUUGAGCUCGCAAAUGGAGGAUUUGUGUGAGAACGAAUCGCACGGACUGGAUCAGCUGAAUAAUAUGCUGAAGCAAAUGGAGACGCAUGAAAAGAAUCCCGAAACUGAGCGUAUAAACGAAUUGCUGAAGGGCAACAUACAGCGCAGCAAAAUCAUUGUUGACGGCAUACAUGAAGCACAAAGUCAAAUAAUGAAAAUUUUCGACCACAAAUCGCACAUAUCGGACAUACUGCAGCGGUGCGCAUCGAAGCGUAAUUUUAAGAAGCGUGAAAAAUUUUAAACACUCAAAGCGGCAUUGGCAUUUGUAAAAAACAAAACAAAAAAUCGAAAAACAAAAAAAACUUAACGUUAUUUAAACAUAAUCAAUUUUAGCAAACUUAGUUUAUAAUGCAAUCUAGUAAACAUUAAUUAAGUAACUACACUCUACGAUUCUUGUAAAUGUACAUAACACAUAUAUAUAUGCUACAUAUAUACAAGUGCAUUAUUUAAUUAUUAUUUUUUUUAAUGAAAGUUUGCAAAGCAAGAGAAGAGAACUUAUUGUACAUAAAUAUGUAAUAUGUAAAGAUGAUAUUCUGUCUGUGUGUUUAAUUUUGCAACCAACUUUCGUAAAAAGGAUAAAAAGUAUGCUUUUUCUAAUCUUAUGCUUCAAACUGUAUGUGUGUGUACACUAAAAAACCGUUAUGUUCUGUUCUAACAAACUUAGAAUUUGCACAUAAACUCAUUUAAGUUACUAGGGUUUUAACAAACAAACAAACAAAAAUUGUAAAAUAGUUCAUAAGCUUAUCUCGCCUGUAAUUUAUAUUAUAUAAAAUCCUUUGGGGCCUAUUAAAGCAAUUCGGAAAUAAAAACUUGCAGCUAAUUGUAGAUAACAAAUAAAAAAAAAAUAAUAUUUAUAUAUAUAGAUGUCGUUUCAAAAACAAAGAAAAAUGGCCGCCAUAAAUUAAGUUGGAAAGUUUGUAGAGUUAAAUAAAUGUUACAAUUUUAAUUAAUUUAAA